GCCACCAUGCAGCACUAUGGAGUGAACGGUUACUCUCUUCACGCCAUGAAUUCUCUGAGUGCCAUGUACAACCUUCACCAGCAGGCGGCGCAACAAGCCCAGCACGCCCCUGACUACAGACCCUCGGUGCACGCCCUCACGCUGGCAGAGAGACUGGCCGGCUGUACAUUUCAAGACAUCAUUUUGGAGGCCCGUUAUGGAUCCCAGCAUCGCAAACAGAGGAGAAGCCGCACAGCCUUCACCGCCCAACAACUGGAAGCCCUGGAGAAGACUUUCCAGAAGACUCACUAUCCAGAUGUGGUGAUGCGGGAACGACUGGCCAUGUGCACCAACCUACCGGAAGCCAGAGUACAGGUUUGGUUUAAGAACCGAAGAGCCAAAUUCCGGAAGAAACAGCGCAGCCUCCAGAAGGAGCAGUUGCAGAAGCAGAAGGACUCAGAAGGGAGCCACAGCGAGGGGAAGACGGACGCUCUUGUGCUGGAAAGCCAGACUUCCGCCCCUGACGUAGACAAGCCACAGAGCCAGCCGAGCGAAGCCAGCACGGAGCUCAACCUCACCUUGUCGGAGCAGUCGGCCAGCGAGUCCGCAGCAGAGGACCAGACGGACAGAGAGGAGGACUUUAAGAACCCCUUGGAGGAGUCCAAAGCAGACAAAGGUCCCGGCGCUGAGAGCAAGGCUCUGAACUGCAAGAGAGCCAGUCCAAAAGCAGACUCUCCCAUCAGUGCCACGGUAACGCCUUCCUCCAGCAGCGGCAUGUCUCAGACUCACUCCUACUCCUCCUCACCUCUGAGCCUCUUCCGUCUCCAGGAGCAAUUUCGCCAGCACAUGGCCGCCACUAACAACUUGGUCCAUUACUCCUCCUUUGAAAUGGGGACCCCAACUGCCAUGCCCUACUUGGGCAUGAAUGUCAACAUGGCGCCCCUCAGCUCUCUCCAUUGUCAGUCGUAUUACCAGUCGCUCUCCCACGCCCAGCAGGUCUGGUCUUCACCCAUCUUGCAGGCGUCUAGCUCCCUCCCUACCCUGAACAGUAAAACGACAAGUAUUGAGAAUCUAAGGCUCCGGGCAAAGCAGCACGCCGCCUCCCUCGGACUUGACACCUUACCAAACUGACCGCAAGGCAGCAGGGGAACCCCCACCCUACCGUCAGCCGCAAGAGAAGGCACCUUCCGCUGGCACUAAACGUGUGGCUCUUUUGAAAAUGCACAGCUCUCCUCUCCACCUGGAUCAAGGUGCUCCCUUUCGGGGGAUACUUUCAAUCCUUUACUUCUUCACUAGCUCCAUUUUCACGUCCGGUACUGCUACUGGCCCCACUUCCACUGAAGUAUUUAAUAAAGAAGGAAAGAGGGCAUGUACUUAGAUGUUAAAAAAAACUCUCCUGAGGACCGAGGAGUUAAAACUGUCAUGUCCAGAAAGAUCCCUCUUUCGUUGAUACUGUGAUAAUGUGCCGACUGUGAUUUUUGUUUUGUUUUGUGCUCUGGAAAACCUAGUCUCCUCGUACUGUAUAUAGAUUCUAUUGUUGAAAACAUCCUUCAUUUGUGUGUUGCUGUCUGUGUUGCCUUAUGCAGAAUUAUGGAGCAUUUUGCUAUCUUUCCUCCCUCCCCCUUUCUUUCAGAUUUAUACUUGUAGUAGCUAGAAUCAAAAUUACAAUCCAAAAAAACCCCACAAGCUCUGAGCGGGAGAUGCUUCUUUGGCCAGAGUUCUGAAUGAGUCUAGCAAGAGGAAUUCAGAGAAAAGAUUCUGAAUGCCAUUAUCAUAUCUUCUCCAGUUCUCCGUUAAAACCAACCUGCAAACGCCAGGGAAUGAUGUAAAGGGUUGUUUCCUGUUAAAGCACUUCCCGUCGGUAGGAACUUUUUUUUUUUAAAGCACUUCUUCGAAGUCCGAGGACAAAGAAUUUGCCACCGGGCUCUGUUGGUUAGAGAGCGAGGAAAAAUGAAAGCACUAGAUUUUGUCAAAUUCACAAGACUUUUACUGAGGUUGCUGCAUCUUUGUUCUUCACUGAAGUGUACACUCUGCUAUUUAUAAAUGAUGUGUAAAAAAGCAUUUUGGUCUAACUUGGACAACAAAGAACAAUAAAAAGUUGGUAUGAACUCCUGCUGCGUUCAUACACCAUUUGCAUUAUGUGGCGGUUCAUCAAAACCGUGAUUAAUUCAAGCUGUGUUUAGGAAAACUGUCUCCAUGCCAAAUUCUGUCCUCAGACCACAAACCCUGGGGGCUCCCCUGCUUGUCUCAGAAACCGACUAAGUAGAGAAUGAAUGCAGACAGGCUAGAGGUGGGCCUGAACCAAUACCCAGAUCUGAACACUCCUGAGCUUAGGAAAUGACUUAAAUCCAAACCCAGAUGCGGAUCUCAAUUUUGCAAAUGGCCAUUCCUCUCGGUAGAAGGCCAAACCAAAAUCCCAGAUCCAGACAUCCCGCAACCCAGUGGGAUGUUGAAGAUCUGAAUCAAAAUUAUACAUGAGCCUGAGCCUCGCUGAUACUGUUAAUGGAGCUAUGCCAAUUUAUACCAGCUAAAAUCUGGCCCGUAUGUGAUUAGUGUGUGAUAUACACACACACAUAUAACACGGGUAUCUGAUGAACUAAAAAACUUUUAUUGAUUUCUGUUUUGCCUAGCUCUGUCCCAUUACCAAUGCGAUUACACUAGCACAGAGGAUAAUGGCCAACUUACUUAUCUAAAUGUGGAAAAAAGAAUACAACCCGCUCGACUACAACUGUCUCUCUCAAGCUGUUCUGCUAAAAGUCUCUCUUGGUGAGUUCCCAGUGGUGACCAGACCUGGUUGGGAAAUGAUUUCCCUUCUCCUCUUUGAAAAAUGUCAACAAAAACUCCCUGGCCCCCCCCAUGGGGGGGAUGAGUUACUGAAGACACCGUUUUCAACAAAAGUGGAAAUAAGUUUGUGUACAUUUCAGUUCAGUCAAACAUUUUGAUGGAAAAUGUUCAUUUGGCUUGAGUGGUUGACAAGAUUACGCACGUCACCAGCGCUGCAAGAUACCCUAUAACGGGUAUUUUGUCUGGGAUCUGCAAAGAACCCAAACCAUAUUGACACCCUCUACCUGAGGCCUUCUUGAAAAUCCCAGUCUUUAUUUUUUAUAGCACUUGGGUGCCUGCCAUCUGAAACCACUGACACCAAAUAUGAGCUUUCAUUUUAUUUCCACCCAAAUUACCUGUUUGUUUCCUCUCCUCCCUAUCUCCUCCUAAGGAUGAUAGUGAGCAGGUGUGAAGAUGGUUUUAAUACAGCAGAGCAACUGAAAAGCAUUUUUAAGCACCCAAGGCUAAAUUUUGCCCAGGAAGGGUGAUAGAGUGAGACAUCGAAGGGUGGCCUAAGUGACAUGACGUUCAAUUCUGAUAUGGUAUGACUGGAAUCAGCGACAUCCCUUGGCAGGUCAGGACACUAAUCUUGUUACACUAGGGGAUACAGAAACACACCGCAGAAGAUUACAAGGAUCAAAAUCUAUCAGUGCCCGACCUCUGCCUGUAGCCUUCAGCAAGCCCAGGAAAUGGAGUGUGGCAGAUACACCUGACGCGACAAUAAACUUCCCUCAGUUCUCCAGAGGAAGCAGAAACUUCCCUAAGGUUCUUGUCAUCUUGCCUCAGGAGGAAAUUCCUUCCAGAAUCACAGUGUAGCAAUCCAUUGAACCUUAUGUGCAUCAUGUUACAUAUCUAAUCCCAUUUAUCUCCAGAGAUAAAAUUGGUAUGGAAUUGGUACCAUUGGAAUAUGGUAUAAAAUUGGUCCUGUUCUGACCGCUGAGUUCCUUCCCUUCUAUGCUCGUGUCACUCCAUUAAAAUCAACAGAGUGACACAUGGAUAAAACUUGAGCAAAGAACAGUGAGUCAGACUCCUGGUCUUCUUUUAAUCCUAAAGACAGCUGAUCAAGGGGCAGAGACUUUCGAGUCUUCAUCACUCUUUGGGGAGGAAUCUUUCCAUGUGGUACAUGUUUGUUUAUUUCCAGGAAUGUCUAUGCCGAAUUUGCCAGUGUAACCUGCAACCAUAAAUACAUAGGGAAGACAGAUCAUGUAUCCCACUCCCAGGAAUUUUAGGUGUUCAAAUAAAUUAGAACCCUGUUCCAAAUCACCCCUCAUUUUGGUUUGACAAAAUCUGGUACCCUGGUUCCAUCUUCUCUUACAUUCAACCAAGCUAGUCUGAAUUUCAAAGUUUUGAUUAAUUUCCAAAAACAAAACUGAGGAAAACUUUCAAUGAUUUUUUUUUGAUGAUUUACCCCUCUUUA